AAAUCCACAGAGAACUUUUCACGCUGAGUCGCGCUUGCUGCAGGCUGCUUGUUGUUUGGUCUGCGCCGCACUUGUUACUGGUUUUUGUAGUGUGUUGAACUUGAUUCUAAUAAAAAGGAAUUAUUAUUCCUAUUAGUGAAUUGUGAAUAAUAUCAUAAUUUUUAAAAGUGUUACGAUCGUACAGCGGCAGAAUAACACAAUGUAAACAGCUGUGAUGUGGUGUGACGGACUUGCUAUUCAAUCACAAGUGCUGUUACCUACGAUGUUUAUUCUGAUAUUAUAUUCAUAGAUUUUGUUAAUGUUAAUGAAUGGCGUCUAAACAAGGGAACUUUGACCAGACAGUCAUGAUGGCGUCCACCGCCGGUACAAGCCACUCAAGGUUACCGGGUAUGGCUGUCGCCAUCCCUCCAACGUUUGAGCUACAAGCUACAACAAGCCAUGGGGAUUCCUCGUCAGAUGCUCAGUCUCCCGAUAUACCGAUCCCUAAAGCGAGCGAUCGUCAGUCGCGAAUUAUUGCUGAGAAACACAGAAGAAGUGAAUUUAAUUCUCAAAUCGCUCAAAUGAUGACCCUUUUGUCUGAUAUCGUCCAUUCACAACGAAAGGUGGAUAAAACCAGCGUGCUGCGACUCGUGGCCAGCGAACUACGGAACCAACACAUAUUCGGCGACUCUAUCAAAUGCCGUCAUCUGGAAACAUGGUCAUCUGCUAUACUUAAAUUCUUUGAUCUCAUCGGUGGCUUCAUGUUGGCUGUGACUUGCAUGGGUCGCAUUUGUAACGUAUCCCACAACGUUCAGGAGAAGUUGGGAUACUGCUACAUAGAUCUCUUAGGCCAAGACUUUUAUCAUUAUGUUCAUCCUGAAGAUAAAGAUAUUCUAAGACAACACAUUUUUCCAGUAGAAUUACAGACUGGUUGCAGUCCAAAGUUAUUUGAACAACAUCAUAAUUUCCACAUAAGAAUAAUGAGGGCUGGUGCCAGAUCUGACCCUCCUAGGUAUGAGCGCUGUAGAAUAGAUGGUGUGCUCCGUCGCUCAGACCGCGCCACUGCUAAUGGGGUGCAAGAAGAACAAACUAUCAAGAGGCAGCGGGUGAGACAUCACCGCACCUUUUCCUCCAGUGGAAAUGACUAUGUUUUCAUAGGCAUGGUCCAUACACUAACCAAUAGCUUGCCGGCAAGAAUGUUACCACCUACAGCAUACUCGGAGUAUUGGACCAGGCAUUUAAUUGAUGGCAGAAUAGUGCAGUGUGAUCAAAGCAUCUCUCUGGCAGCUGGUUACAUGACAGAAGAGGUCACGGGUACGUCUGCUUUCUUUUUCAUGCACAAAGAUGAUGUCCGUUGGGUUAUUUGUGUGUUACGUCAGAUGUACGACCAAAGCAGGGAGUUCGGAGAGUCUUAUUACAGGCUGAUGUCACGAUCCGGUCAUUUCAUUUACAUGAGGACAAGAGGAUUCCUUGAAAUCGACAAAGAAACUAAAAAAGUUCAAAGCUUUGUUUGUGUAAACAGUGUGAUAGGAGAGGAAUAUGGGCAGAGGAUGAUGGAUGAGAUGAAAAGGAAGUAUUCUGUGAUGGUAGAUACUGAUAAGUUAGAGAAUGACAAAACUGCAGCUCUGGAUGAGGCUCCUGUUGAGCACCCCAAGCGUUUAGAAAGAAUUGUGAUGCACUUGGUAGAGCCAGCGGCCAAUGAAAAUGUGGAUGAGUUAAAAUUGGUAGCACCUUCGAAGGAGAAUAUUAUCUCAGCGAUUAAGAACAGUGAAAGGGUCGUCCAAGAAACUGGUGUCCGGUUUGAUACUCGCAAAAGAAAAAAAUCUGACUGUGAGGACAACAGUGAAAAUUUGAAAAGGCAUAGUAGCCUUACUGAAUCUAAAUGGAUAAACUAAGUAUAUAUACCUAAUAAUUUACAUGAGUUUCAGUCAUGCACAUUGAUGACCACAUUAUUGUAUGAAAUUGUAGAAUCCAUUUUUCAGCAGAUUUAAAAAAAAAUCAGUGAGUACAAUUUUAUUAUCUGUGUAUACCAGUUAAUAUUUUUAUUAUUAAUGAAUUAUAAGUAAUAGUUAUUAAUAAUGUAGGAAUAUAAAUGUGCCAAAUGUUAUUCUAAUUAGCAGAUUUGCAAUUAUUGGUGAUAUCAACAAUCCAUUUUUCCAAUAUCUUGCACAUUUUGUCUUAUUUGAAUAUACAAGUCCUAUUAUUCCAAG